CUUCCAAAUGCCCUUUUGUCGUGGGUCUUUUCCCUCCACUCCCUGAAGAAACAUCUAAAUCUUCAAAGUUUUCAUCUAUUGGUUCUCGUUUCAAGCUGCAACUCCAGCAACUGAUGGAAACAUUAAAUUCUACCGAGCCUCAUUACAUCAGAUGUGUGAAGCCUAACAAUCUCUUAAAACCUGCCGUAUUUGAGAAUGUGAACAUCAUGCAGCAGCUGCGUUGUGGUGGUGUUUUAGAGGCGAUCAGAAUUAGUUGCGCAGGGUAUCCAACACGUAAACCUUUCUUUGAGUUUGUCAACCGCUUCGGACUUCUAUGUCCUUCGGCUUUAGAAGGGAGCUACGAUGAGAAAGUCGUGUGUAAAAAGAUAUUGGACAGCAUGGGACUUAAAGGAUACCAGAUUGGUAAAACAAAGAUCUUCUUGAGGGCUGGUCAGAUGGCUGAACUCGACGCUAGGAGGACAGAAGUGCUUAGUGGUGCUGCAAAAAAAAUUCAGAGACGAACAAGAACUCAUCAAGCUCAGAAACGGUUUACUGUUCUCAGAAAGGCCACAAUAUCUCUACAAGCUCUAUGUAGAGGAAGACUUUCCUGCAAAGUUUACGAAAAUUUGAGACGAGAAGCUGCUGCUGUGAAGAUUCAGAAGAAUGGUCGGAGAUAUUACUCUAGAAAAUCUUAUAAAAAGCUCCAUGUGUCUGCGCUUGCUUUACAGACUGGUCUAAGAGCAAUGGCUGCUCGUAAAGAAUUCAGAUUCAGGAAGCAAACAAAGGCUGCCACAAUUGUUCAGGCUCAGUGGCUUUGUCACAGAGCAACCACGUACUACAAGAAGCUAAAAAAUGGAGUGAUUGUAUCUCAGACACGAUGGAGAGGCAGACUUGCUAGGAGAGAACUUAGGAAGCUCAAAAUGGCUUCGAGGGAAACAGGAGCACUUAAAGAGGCAAAGGAUAUGCUUGAAAAGAAAGUUGAGGAACUCACAUACCGUGUCCAGUUGGAGAAACGUCUGAGGGCUGAUUUAGAAGAAGCAAAGACUCAGGAGACAGCAAAAUUUCAGAGUUCCUUGGAGGAAAUGCGGAAGAAAGUGGAUGAAGCAAAUGCAUUGCUUGUGAAGGAACGCGAAGCUGCAAAGAAAGCCGCUGAGGAAGCUCCUCCUGUUAUACAAGAAACACAAGUUUUGGUUGAAGAUACGAAGAAGAUUGAAUUGAUGACCGAGGAAUUGGAGAGUGUAAAGGCUACUCUAGAAAACGAAAAAGAAAGAGCUGAUGAUGCAGUGACGAAAUUCGAAGAAGCUCAAGAGUCUCUCGAAGACGGAAGAAAGAAACUGGAAGAGUCAGAGAAGAAAGGUCAGCAACUCCAAGAAUCUCUGACAAGGAUGGAGGAAAAGUGCACCAACUUGGAAUCGGAGAACAAAGUCUUACGGCAACAGGCUGUGUCCAUGGCACCGAAUAAAUUUCUCUCUGGCCGCUCCAGGUCCAUUUUACAGAGAGGUUCUGAGAGUGGUCAUCUAGCAGUGGAUGCCAGGUCAAGCUUGGAUCUGCAUAGCCAUUCAAUAAACCAUAGGGAUUCCUCUGAAGUGGAUGAUAAACCACAAAAAUCAUUAAACGAGAAGCAGCAAGAAAAUCAUGAGCUACUUAUCCGCUGCAUUGUCCAACCCUUGGGUUUCAAGGGUAACCGACCUAUCACAGCAUGUAUCAUCUAUAAAUGCCUACUUCAAUGGAGGUCAUUUGAAGUUGAACGAACCAGUGUCUUUGAUCGCAUUAUUCAGACAAUAGGCCAUGCUAUUGAGACUCAAGAUAACAACAAUACAUUGGCCUAUUGGUUAUCCAAUGCCUCGACGCUCCUCUUACUCCUCCAACGCACACUCAAAGCUAGUGGUGCAGCUGGGAUGGCUCCACAGCGGCGCCGUUCAUCUUCUGCCACUCUGUUUGGAAGGAUGACUCAGAGCUUCCGUGGAGCACCUCCAGGUGUAAACCUUGCAAUGAUAAACGGUGCUGCGGGAGGUGGAGCGGAUACCUUAAGACAAGUCGAAGCAAAAUACCCGGCGUUACUUUUUAAGCAGCAGCUCACAGCUUAUGUUGAAAAGAUAUACGGAAUGAUUCGGGACAACUUGAAGAAGGAGAUUUCUCCACUCCUUGGAUUGUGCAUUCAGGCGCCAAGAACAUCGAGAGCGAGUUUAGUGAAAGGAGCAUCUCGUUCAGUGGCCAACACUGCAGGUCAGCAAGCACUGAUCGCCCACUGGCAAGGAAUUGUGAAGAGCCUUACAAACUUCCUCAACACUCUGAAAUCAAACAAUGUUCCUUCAUUCUUGGUGCGCAAGGUGUUCACGCAGAUAUUCUCAUUCAUCAAUGUUCAACUGUUUAACAGUCUUCUGUUGAGACGUGAGUGCUGUUCAUUUAGCAAUGGCGAGUAUGUGAAAGCUGGCUUGUCUGAAUUGGAACACUGGUGUUUCAAGGCAACAGAUGAGUAUGCGGGUUCUUCGUGGGAUGAGCUUAAACAUAUAAGACAGGCCAUUGGGUUUCUGGUCAUACACCAAAAACCAAAGAAAACUCUCGAUGAGAUCAGUCAUGAUCUUUGCCCUGUACUGAGUAUACAACAGCUAUACAGGAUAAGUACGAUGUACUGGGACGAUAAAUAUGGCACACACAGCGUCUCCCCGGACGUAAUAGCAAAUAUGAGGGUGCUAAUGACAGAAGAUUCAAACAAUGCUGUUAGCAACUCUUUCCUUUUGGAUGACGACUCAAGCAUUCCUUUCUCUGUUGAUGAUUUAUCGAAGUCGAUGGAGAGAUUUGAUAUUACUGAUAUCGAACCUCCACCUUUGAUCCGGGAGAAUUCUGGAUUCAGCUUCUUAUUGCCAGUCGCCGAGUGAUGCUUGACAAUCUCUCUCUCUCUUUACCUUACACGCCAACGUAGACCAAAUCUAGGUCUAGUGUCUACCUCUUUUACCAAAUUGGAUUGCGUUUCAUGCAAGUAAUCGCUACUUUUAUUGCCUUCUGAAAUUACGGAUAAAAUGAGGUUAUUCUUGUGUUUAAGAUUUGAUUACAUCCGCCUUGAAUUAUUCUCUUACAAACUCGAGUACUAUUGUUUGAUUAAUAGAUUGUCUUUAAUAA